AUGAACGAAAAGUUUAGCAGCUGCCGGAGCGUGAGCAUCUGCGAGGAAAUGAAUGCCGAGUUUCGGAAGACUAUGGAAGAUACAAUUUGCGUUGUGGACGGCUACUUGCAACAUGACAAGAACGGCUACUUUGCCAUUUAUGAUGGACACGGAGGUCGUUCCGUUUCGACAUACUUACAACAGGUGCUACACGAAAACAUUGCCACGGAAAUACAACGGGCCGACCUUGGCACAACAGUGGAAAUGUGCCUUGAGCGGAGCUUUUUGAUCUCGGAUAUGGAGUGUUGUCAGUUAUAUCCUGGGACAGUCGGUGCGACGGCAGUGACUGCAUUGCUUUUGGAAGAAAAUGGUGUCAUUACGCUAUACGUCGCUAAUGUUGGCGAUAGCCGUGCAGUGCUUAGUUGCAAACAAAAAGCUGUAAGAUUAUCUAAGGACCACAAAGCUAGUGAUCCAAGCGAAUUGGAGCGCGUUGUUCAGCAGGGCGGUUUCGUCAUUCAAGACCGAGUGUCCGGUGUGCUCGCAGUCUCUCGAAGCUUCGGGGAUAGUGAUCUCAAGCAAUUUGUUGCUGCAAGACCGCACAUCAGCGCGACACGGCUGGAUCCAUCGACAGACUACUCAAUUCUGGUGUUGGGAUGCGACGGUGUAUGGGAUGUAUUUAGUGACCAAGAAGUUGUAGACUUUGUAGAAUCAGUACCCGUCUCUCAACAGUCUCGUGCAGCACAGUUUCUUGUCCAGGAGGCCUUAGCACGAGGGAGUGGAGACAAUGUUACGGCUAUCGUGAUUUUUCUUUAA